UAGACAGCCUUCCCAGUGCUCUUUGCGGCAUGAAAUAAUAACCUUAAAUAUACGAUGUAUUUGUCUUCUGCUAACCCCUCCCGUAACACGCUUCGAUUCCUACUUGCGUAUGAUAAUCAGUCAAUCAGUUCAUGAGUCCUUAGCAGAAAUGCUUUCGAGUAAGAUUCUAAUUCUAGUUAUCGUAGUGGCUUUGCUGAUCUUUGUUCAUCAGAGUGACGCUUGGCGAAGACGUCGCCGUCGCAGAUGUCCAGUGCGAGAUUGUCAAGUCAGUUCUUGGUCUUCCUGGAGUUCGUGCAGCACAUCGGAGUGCGGACAGCGAGGAUUACAAAGCAGAUCAAGACAAGAAGAAUCUUCUGCGUCUUGUGGAGGUGCACAAUGUCCUGACUUACACGAAACACGGCAAUGUUAUGGCAAUACACCGCGAGAUUGCCAAGUCAGUUCCUGGUCUCCCUGGAGUUUCUGCAGCGCAGCCCAGUGCGGACAACAAGGAUCACAAAGCAAAUCGAGAACGGAAAAAUCUUCUUCGGCUUGUGGAGGUGCAGAAUGUCCUGACUUACACGAAACACGGCAGUGUUAUGCCAGUAAACGGGUCGAUUGCCAACUAAGCUCGUGGUCGGAGUGGAGUGCCUGCACCGUUCCCUGUGGAGUCUCAGGGACACAGCACAGCGCUCGUCACAGGAUAGUGACCGAGCAAUGUGGCGGAACAUGCACGUCUACGUUUCGUAAAACACGAGCCUGCCCAGACCUCAGCUGUUUGAACGGAGGAAGUUUAAAAGAUGGCACAUGUUUCUGCAAGGAAGGAUAUUCUGGAAAUUGCUGUGAGAAAAAAGGCUUCGAUAAAGACUUGUUUUGUGGAAUCUUCAUCCCAGCUUGUGUGAUGCUUGGAAUUGCAAUUGCCAUAAAAUGCUGGUGGACGGAAAUAAAGGAAUGCAUACACAAUAGAUCUGGACGCCAGGUACAUACAACAAAUGGAUGACGCUAAGAGUGGAAAAAAAGUAGCUUCCGAUAUGAUUCCGAAGUGAUUAGAAUUCUUUAUAUGGAGUACAUUCAAGCUUGCCACUGAAGUGACUUGGAUAUCGUAGAGUAAACUAGAAGACAAUACACCACAAAAUUGCUAGUGCUUUAUAAUAAAAACAAUUUACAUUUAGUCCAGAAGUCACGAUCUCUUUGUAACUACAAUAUAUUAAGACAGCCUGUAAAGCCAUAAAUUUAUUUUGUAACCUUUUGCUAAAUAUACAAUUCAAGAAUAUGUACCCUAGUUUAUGUUUCUUGUUGAAUGUAGAAGUAUUUUAAGCCUACUUGUAACUGUGAUGAAUAGUGAACUGAUAAUUUUGCAACUCUUCGGUGAGGUUUUCUGUUUAUAAUGUAUGUCCUUUAGUGUUGAAUUUGAAUAAUCUCAAACUAUAAAUAACAUACGCGGUGCAAAACAUUUAUAUCCAAGAAAAAGUUAUACUUCAGUUAAGUUUUAAUCCUGUGUUAACGUUAACCGGUUUUCGAACAACCCGGCCGAGAUUUGUAACUACGAUAUAUUAAGCCAGUCCGUAAAUCUAUAAAUAUAUUUUGUAACCUUUUGCUACAAUUCAAGAGUAUGUACACUAGUUUCUGUUUCUUGUUGAAUGUAGAAGUAUU